GAGGGCGGGGAGGCCGGCGGCGGUCGCGGUCGCCGACGAGCUAGCUAGUCGGGGGGCUGUGCUGGGGAAGGACGGUCGCGCGCUGCUCCUGGACGCCCUGCGCCGGCCAGCUGUCCGGGGAUUCCCGGCGGGCGACGCCUGUCGGGGUGGCCCGACUCCAGGACGGUGCCCACGGGGGCUCAACUGCCCGGGGCAUCGUUUUCCACGGUCUUAACGCGCUUUCACUUUAGGACUCUCCGAGUCUGCAGCCGACUCCGCCCUGGGCUGUGCAUAGAAUCACGCUUUCCCUUCGCACCUUAAUGGUGCAGAUGACCGGUGCGAGGGUUGAAAGUGACUUGCCCAAGGUCACGCGGGUAGGAGCAGGGAGGCGACCCGAACCCAGGUCCUUAAGCCUCGAUGCCAGCCGGCAGCCGCAGCGCUUUGGGGGAGGUCCUGAGUGGUUUGUGGUUUAUUUCAGAUGCUUUCUAAUGACCCUCCUUGGAUAGAUCAUCAGAGGGGAAAGUGUUGUCAUAGUGAAAACGGUCUUGUUAUUUAUAGUGUUUACGGCCUUUGUUGACUUCUGGUUAUGCCGAGUCCCAUAGCAGAGCACCUGCCCUCGGCUGGGCACCCGAUCGCUCUGGCGGGGGGCGGGGGGCAGAUCCAAGACGAGGUUUAAGGAAGAAAUAUGCACGCGAUUUGUGCCCUUUUCCUCUUGUUUCACCUUCCAGUCCUGCGAUCCUUCUUAAUUUUACGAUGGAUUGUUGUCUGUUGCAGCAAGACUUUCUUUGCCUUCGUGAAGUCAUUGCCCUUUGUGAAUUAGUUUUCUAACUAGAAAAUCUUAUUUCCUGUGUGUUUAAUGACUGGAACAAGUAGCGCGGUAUGAGUUUUGUAACUAUUGUCUCUUAUCUUAGAAUACUGCUGAUCAAGUCCGCUUUAUUACCCCCCGCCCCCCCCCCCCGAGCGCUCAGCUUACAUACUUUCUGUUGGUUUAAUGCCAUCGAGACACUUUUGACAGCGAAAUUUGGCCAAGCUUUAAUAUGAUUCAGAGACAAACUGAAAAGAGUCGUUUUGCGAAACUCCAUUUUUCUUCACAAUGUGAAGAACCUGAAGAACUGUUAUUUCAAAAAUAGUAAGACCCAUUCUUACUAAAAUUCCUAUCGCUUUUCGUACUCGCAAUUUUCAUAUUAAUACACUGGUGGCAAAAAAAUAUUUCCCCAAACAUAGUAGGUUUAAAUACUCCUUAUCUUGGCCGAAUCUUCCCAAGGCAAAUUACAUAUUAGAAUAAUUAUGUAUUUAAACAUGCAUGUUUAAGCUUAGCAGAAUUUGGGUUAAUGGUUAAUUUAUUUUAUAGUGCCAUAAACCCUAGAAUGUUUCCACUGAUGAAUUUCUCUUGAAUAGAGAGCCCUAUCAAAGGAUAGCAAGGGGCAUGGCCGUGAAUUUGCUCUUUGCGUGUAAUGUUCAGGCUCAGAAAUGCCUUAUGUGGAUCGUCAGAAUCGCAUUUGUGGUUUUCUAGACAUUGAGGAAAAUGAAAACAGUGGGAAAUUCCUUCGAAGGUACUUCAUACUGGAUACCAGAGAAGAUAGUUUUGUAUGGUACAUGGAUAAUCCACAGAACUUACCUUCUGGAUCAUCACGUGUGGGAGCCAUUAAACUUACCUACAUUUCAAAGGUCAGCGAUGCAACUAAGCUAAGGCCAAAGGCUGAGUUCUGUUUUGUUAUGAAUGCAGGGAUGAGGAAAUACUUCCUACAAGCUAAUGAUCAGCAAGACCUAGUAGAAUGGGUAAACGUGUUGAACAAAGCUAUAAAAAUUACAGUACCAAAGCAGUCAGACUCACAGCCUCAUUCUGAUAACCUAAGUCGCCAGAGUGAAUGUGGGAAGAAGCAAGUGUCUUACAGAACUGACAUUGUUGGGGGCGUGCCCAUCAUUACCCCAACUCAGAAAGAAGAAGUAAACGAAUGUGGUGAAAGUAUUGACAGAAAUAAUUUGAAACGGUCACAGAGCCAUCUUCCCUACUUUGCUCCUAAGCCACCUCCAGACAGCGCAGUCAUCAAAGCUGGGUAUUGUGUGAAGCAGGGAGCAGUGAUGAAAAACUGGAAGAGAAGAUAUUUUCAAUUGGAUGAAAACACAAUAGGCUACUUCAAAUCUGAACUGGAAAAGGAACCUCUCCGCGUAAUACCACUUAAAGAGGUUCAUAAAGUCCAGGAAUGUAAGCAGAGUGACAUAAUGAUGAGAGACAAUCUCUUUGAAAUUGUAACAUCGUCUCGAACUUUCUAUGUGCAGGCUGAUAGCCCUGAAGAGAUGCACAGUUGGAUUAAAGCAGUCUCUGGUGCCAUUGUAGCACAGCGGGGACCUGGCCGAUCAGCAUCUUCUGAGCAUCCCAGCUGUCCUCCAGACCCCAAGCACCCUUUCCGCUCUGCCAGCGCCGCAGCCCCCGCCUCCCUUUGCACGGCCUCUCGCAGCAACUCUUUGGUCUCAAGCUUUACCGUGGAGAAGCGAGGAUUUUACGAAUCUCUUGCCAAGGUCAAGCCAGGGAACUUCAAGGUCCAGACUGUCUCUCCAAGAGAACCAGCUUCCAAAGUGACUGAACGCGCUCCGCUCAAACCUCCAAGUAAAACUGGCCCUCAGGAUAAAGAUUGUGACCCGGUGGACUUGGAUGAUGCAAGCCUUCCGGUCAGUGACGUGUAAGACGAAGCACGCGGGCCCCCCCCCCCCCGCCCCCCUCCGCCUCCCCAGCCCCUGUUUCCUCUCACGAGACUUCUAGCCAAAGAUGAUAAAGGGUGAAAUGGUUUUUAAUACAUAGAUUAUACUGCCUCUUAGAUGUACUCUUCAUAAGCUGGUAAACCAAGGAUCUUGGGAGUGGCCAAACGAAAUGUAAUUUCCUUAAAACAAAACAAAACAAAACACAACGAACGAACGAAAGAAAAAACCUAAGUGUUUCAGUAUCAACUGUCUGAAGCUUCGUGUGCUCUCGCUUGGGUGAUGAAAAUGUGUGCGUGGUAUUUUUUUUCCUAGGGAAUUUGACAAUUUAAAUGUUUCACCACGUAAAACAUUAAAAAUGCUUAUUAAUUAUUUUGGUUGUUUUUAAAAUGCUACUUUGACUUCCUAUUAGAUGCUUGAUAUUUACACAUUCUUAUUGGUUAAUAUUAUUGAAUGAAAUAUGGUCAGACUAAGAUAACUGAAAUCAUGAUGUCUGUGGUGCUGUAAAAUUUAUACUACGACGUGGACAGUUUGGAAAUGAUCACCAAUUUUGAUGCUCUGGUUAUCAAGGUGAGUAGCAAGUUUUGCCGCAGAGAUUAUCACCGGACCGUUUAGCGAGGGUUGGAGGUUGCCCAAGGGGGGGUCGGGGGGGGGGGUGGAAACUAAUUCAGACAACUGUAUCUUGGACAUGUGUUUGAAAAAGCUUAGGACCUUAAGCAGUCAUUGCUUUAUGAAAUGGUAAAAAUGACUUGGUGUGAAAUUUCUGGGAGAUCUGAUUUUCUUAUCAAGGUUUUAUAAAUAGUUCUUCUUUCUAUAUUUGGAUCAGUGAAAGACUGUGAGUUUGUAUGUGAAGACAUAACUGCCCUUAGUCAUGCCUCUCCUUUUUGUCACUAAUCACAUUCAAGUGCCUGUGUUUUCUCAUCUUGCCUGAGAACGUUGUCAGAUGAACGUGCUCAAAAGUCCUAUGUGAUUGGUUUUAAACAUUGAGAUAAAAUUAAUUGUCAGUAGCAUAGUUUUUUGUGUUAAGUAAGAUAUCAUCUUAUGUUUGAGAUGCCAGAAUGCUUUUAUUCUACUGCCUGUGCAAUAUUCGUGUUUUAAAACACACAUCUGAGUAUACAUUUAAUCACGGGGACGUCAUCAGUGUCAGCACCGCUCUGAGAAAUCCUUAGUUUCAAGUGUUGAAUAAUAGACGAGUUGGAGGUAUCGUCUUUAUGGUUGAUUCUUAAACGUUUGCUUGAAGAGAAUAGUCUUGAAUCUCACAUGCUGCUGUUUUUAUGAUUCUUUGCCAUCUUACUGUGCUGUUUUGUUUCGGAAUUCAUACGUGUCACUGUUUCCCCUUUUCAUUUUCUAAGAUGACUCUUGUUUGAGAAAGAGAGGGAGAGAUUUCCUGCUCCAGCAGUGGGGUCCAGAGUUUACUCUUUAUUGCAUUGGCAUUGUCAUAGAAUCCGUUUAAAAAUCCAAACGCGUCAAGUGCGCCACUCAACUUUUUUUACUCAUAAGCUAAUAUUUUGAAAAGGCACAUUUCGAUUGUUUCCUUUUUUGCAGCUAUAUUCGAAAACGGUAGAAUGGAAAGGUUUUAAGUAGUUGUCACUUUUUCUGAUGAUGUGCCCAUGUCAGUGGCUCUUUUGAAGGUUACUCUUUCAUGAACAUACCUAAGAAGUCUUGUGUAGACAGUUUGCAAUAUUCAGGAGCCUAACGCUUUUUUCUUUGGUACAGCUUCUACGUUGCAUGUUUAUUUUAGCAUAUUUUGGUAUUGGUAAUUUGAUAUAUUUCAUAGUGGCAAAAUAUUAGCUCUAUUUUGGGACUUUUUAUAGAACUACCCCUCAUAUUCAGUAGCGUAGGAAAAUGUUCUUGUGAUUGUCAGGGUCUCCUAAUAUUUAUCUCAAUACUUUUAUAAUUCUAUGAAAAUUAUUUAAUUAUUUUAAAACUUAUACUUUUCUUGUAAAUAUGUCACAUCUGACUUGUCAGAAAAUUACUUUGAAUACCUUAAUAUUUGCUGCUUUUUUUUUCUGUAUAUAGAACACGUCUUCUUUCAGAAUGGGAAUAUACACGUGCUUCCCAGUGUUUACUUUUAUGUUUGCUACUUUAUAAUGUCAAACUGGUAUGAACACUGUAAUGAUUUGAAAAUAAACUUCAAAUUCUAACUUA